AUGAAUGUGGAAGCGGUCGACACGAAAGAGAUCAUCAAAGUUGGUGUGAUUGGUAUGGGACGUAUUGGUCUCGUUCAUUUGGAAGCCAUUACCAAGGCUCCCGGUGUUACCCCCGUUAUCGUUUCGAAUCCUACCGUUUCCAAGGCCGAGGCAGCCGCCAAGCAGUACAACAUCCCCCGCUUCACGGAAGACGCCAUGGAAGUCAUCACGGACCCCGAGGUGGACGCCGUUUGGAUCUGCUCCCCCAGUCAGUUCCACGCUGAACAGAUCAAGGCCUGUGCCGCCAACGGCAAGCACGUCUUUUGUGAGAAACCGAUUGCCACUGAUCUGCCCGAAACCGUCGAGGCCAUCAACGCCUGUAACGAAGCUGGCGUCAAGCUCAUGAUUGGACUGCAGCGUCGAUUCGAUCAGAACUUUAAGCGUGUACAGGAAGCCGUCACCCAAAAAGAAGUCGGUGAACCCAUCAUGAUUAAACUUUGCUCGCGGGAUCCUUCUCCUCCACCGGCGUCCUACGUUAAGGGCGGUGGUGGUAUCUUUGCCGACAUGGCCGUACACGAUCUCGACAUGAGUCGUUUCUUGGCCGGGUCCGAUCCUAUUGACAUUCUUGCCAUUGGAUCUUGCCACAUUGACAAGACCAUUGCGGAUUUCGAAGGCUCCGAAAAGUUCGAUACCGCCAGUUGCCUCGUCCGCUACCCCAAUGGGGUCCAGGCCAUGAUUGACGUCUGUCGUCAGAGCUCCUUCGGGUACGAUCAACGGGCCGAAGUACUCGGUACCGAGGGGAUGAUUCAAACCGACAACGUCUACCCCAACACGGCCAAGAUUUACAAAUCCCAUUUCACCGGAAACGCCGACAUGCCCUACGAUUUCUUUCUCUCGCGUUACAACGAAGCUUACGUUACGGAAACUGUUGCCUUUUGCGACUCCCUCGUCAACGACACACCCGUACCGUGCACUGGUGAAGACGGUCUCGUCGCUCUCAUCAUGGCCAUUGCGGCCGACAAGUCCGCGGCGGAAAACCGAUGGGUCACCUUUCGCGAAAUC